AUGACAGCCUUUAGUAUUGUUGUUCAACCUCCUGCUCGAGCCCAGGCAUCGACUAUCCUCCAUCCACCCCUUGUUGCAGAGCUAAAUUUCAGAGGGGCUAUGCCUGGCCACUAUUUCUUCGCCAUGGCUUUCUUACUCACGAGAGAAGGGAAUAUUGUUGAGGGAGGCUUGUCGGGGACUACUUCGGUGAAUGGCGUCGAUGUAACCACAGCUGGGGCGUCAAGAACAACAAUCCAUUUCCCAUACACAGACCUUGCUAUUCUAGUUGAAGGCGCUUACAAGAUAAGAGUCGACGUUUACAAGGUUGCCUACGAGAAUCCAGACGGUUGUGACUUUCAAGCGCACGCCAAGAGCAGUCGUGUCACCGUCGUCAACGAAGCGGUGCCGGCUGUAGGUGCUGGUUCCGCUGAGCGCAGCAUCAUACGAGCUCUCCAGUCCGCUGGGGUCUAUAUCCCUUAA